UUUUAUCUGUGUAUUUAUUAAGUUACAAACUAACUGCGUUAUGUGUUUUGUGUGUGUAUUUAUUUUUUUUUUUUUUUGUUUUUUUGUGUGCGUCUCCCAACACACCCACCCACAGCUUGGCUCGGAGUCGCUUGUUUGGAGCCAUGGCACCGAAGACGCCGCGAUGCACGCGUCGAUUGCGCUCGUGGAUCGUGGAACAGGUGACCAGCGGUCAGUUUCCUGGUCUGAAGUGGGAGGAUGAGGCCCAAACCAUGUUCCGCAUUCCAUGGAAACAUGCUGGCAAGCAGGACUUCCGCAAGGACGAGGAUGCCGCCAUUUUCAAGGCGUGGGCGCAGUUCAAGGGCAGGCUGAGCGACAGCAAUCCGGCCAGCUGGAAGACGCGACUCCGCUGCGCCCUCAACAAGAGCCCCGAGUUCAGCGAGGUGGUGGAGCGAGCCCAGCUGGACAUCUCCGAGCCCUACAAAGUCUACCGACUGGUACCCACCGGCGAGCAGGGUGAAAAUGGAGCACAAAAGCCGGAGAAGAAAUGUAAGAAAAGCGUCAGGAAGUCGAAGCGCAGGACCAGCUGCAGCAGCAGAGACGUACCAGUCAGUGAAGAUAUCGCUCACGUCAAGCGCAUCAAGAUGGAGAAUGACGUCAAAAUCCAGCUGGGUGCUGAAGACGUCGAGCUCCAGACUGAGCAUCUCCUGCCAGAACAGCAUCCGGUCCAGAUAGACGACGCCACGCAGGAAGCCUCGCUCAGGGAGAUCCAACUGGACGUCCGCAUUGAGGAGAGCGUCACGCCUCCAGAAGAAGAAAAGGACUCACUACACGUGACGGUGCACUACUUGGGCCAGCAAAUGCUGACGCGUCACAUCCACGGGCCCGACGUGCGCGUCUUGUACGCCCCGUCGACCUCGCCCAUGCCGCCCAUGCCGGCCCCCGACGUCUGCUUCCCGCGCAUCCACCUGCCGGAACCGCUGCCCUCGCCGCCUUCGCCGCCCACCGAUAGGGCGGCGCUGCUCUCCCUGCUGCCUUUCAUGGAGAAGGGCGUGGUGCUCACGUCCACCCGCCAGGGUGUGUACGGCCGCCGCUUCUGCCGCGGCCGGGUCUUCUGGACGGGGCCGCACGCCACCUCGCCGGGUCUGUGCAAAAUGGAGAGGAACUCUGAGCCCGUCCUGCUCUUCAGCAAAGACGCCUUCAAGCAACAGCUGGACAACUUCCGCGUGAACGGCGGCGAGCCGCCGCAGUGCAGCCUCACUCUCAGCUUCGGCGAAGAACUCAGCUGCACCGACGAUCCGGCCGGAAAACUCAUCAUCGUUCAGGUGACGCUGCCGUGGGCCGAGCAGCAGGUGGAAAGCGCUCGCUCCAUCCUGGACCCCUUUGGCCUCCUGCAGUCUCCGCUGGACGAGAUCACGCUCAACUUGGUGGCCGUGCAGACGGGCGAACCGGCGCCUUGACGGAAGGUCGCGGCGGGCUCUUAAGCCAAAAUAGCACAAAUGUCACUUUUCUUGAAUUGGCGGGGGUCUUUUCAUCAAGUUUGAAUUCUGCCCGACUGAAUGGAAUGACGUGGCACACACUACAAACUGAAACAAAACACACUGGCUGGAAUUCCACUGUGGCUCAAGGUGGCCAAUUUAAUGGAGAAUUGGAUUCCAUGUCGAGAGGUCAUCAAAAGUCGACCCACCCGUUCAAUGCCAUUUUCGUGAGAUCAAAAUUAGACCAAGAGAACUCAUUUCAAAUAUUUUCCCGCCAGUGGCAGGACCUACAACCUGUAUGUCAGUUUCAAUAUUUUCAAAGGGGGAAAUAUAAAUGAUAGGACAGGGGUCAAGGGUGUGCAGAGAUUUCCGUUUACAUUCUUAGAACACACAAAACCACCACCAGACCUCCAAAUGGCAUCUAAAUAACUCCACAAGUGUCAACACUGUGCCGUGACGACAUGGACGUACGCAGUCGUGCGUCCAGUAAAAUAACACAAUGAUGUGUUUCGUCGAGUUCGUUCCGCUUGUAUUGACCCGCCCAACGUUACUACGUAUUUAAUGUUCUAUGCACCUCCAAUGUAUUAAUUUUAGACCAUAUUUAAUGUUAUAUUCGUAGUGUGGUUGUUUGUGUUUAUAGUUUUUUUUUGUUCAUUUGUGCAGACAUCGAUCAGGUUUAUUCCGUCCAGGCGUUUA